UUAAAAUGUAUUUUUCAGAAAUGUUCACCUUCUCUCUUUCCAUAAAAAAAAAUUCAUUUUAUGUAUGUUCAUAGCUUCAAAACUGUAACAGGUAAAAUGGUGACUUCUUAAUUUUCUCUAUUUUAAAGACCUUCUGAAAACUCCUACAUAGACUGGAUGGAUAUAAACAAUAGCUCAAUGAUAUCUGAGUUUGUCUUGCUAGGACUUACCGCCACUUGGGAACUUGAAAUUUUCUUUUUUCUCAUAUUUUUGUUGAGCUAUGCAGCAAUCAUGGCAGGAAACCUUCUCAUUUUGGUCACUGUAACUUUUGAUUUUCACCUGCGCUCCACACCUAUGUAUUUCCUCCUUGGAAAUCUCUCCUUCCUUGAUAUGACUGUCUCUACAAUCACAACCCCUAAGAUGGUCACGAAUUUCCUCAGAGAGAAGAAAACGAUUUCCUUGUGGGGCUGCAUGGCUCAGAUGUUCUUCCUCCACCUUUUAGGAGGCAGUGAGGUGACUCUUCUCAUAGUUAUGGCUGUUGAUCGGUACAUUGCAAUAUGCAAACCUCUUCACUACACAACCAUCAUGAACCGCCGAGUACUCCUGGGUUCUGUGCUGGUGUCCUGGGGUGUUGGUUUUGUGCACACUAUGAGCCAGAUGGUUUUUACUAGCACCUUGCCUUUCUGUGGCCCCAGUGUGGUGGACGAUAUUUUUUGUGACCUUCCCCUAGUUCUAAAACUUGCUUGCACUGACACAUAUGUUCUAGAGUUGCUGGUAAUUGCUGACAGUGGACUAUUGUCUUUCAUCUGCUUUGUACUCUUGCUCAUUUCUUACACUGUCAUUCUGGUGACUGUCCAACGUAGGUCCUCUGGUGGACUCUCCAAAGCUCUGCCCACUCUCUCUGCUCAUAUCACUGUGGUCACUCUGUUCUUUGGGCCAAGUAUCUGCAUUUAUUCUUGGCCAUUUAGUAGCUUAUCAGUGAAUAAAUUUCUUUCUGUAUUUUAUUCAGUCAUCACACCCUUACUGAACCCUAUUAUUUAUACUCUGAGGAAUCAGGAGAUGAAAGCAGCUAUGACCAGACUCAGGACCCAGCAUGUUAGCUCCAGAUGGAACUUCUAAGUAACAAUCAUGAUGAUGAAGGUUUUAGAGCAAAAAAAAAAAAAGUCCUUGUAAAUUACAUCUCAGAAUAAAUUCAAUUUCUUGUGUGUACAGAUUUUUGUAAAUAUUCAUAAUAUAUAUUGAAAUGACCACGUUCCAUCAUUAUUUUUGUAUGGAUUUAUUGAAAUAAUAAUAUUCUUAAUGGAAAUUCAAUUCAGUAUGGGGAAAAUAAAUUUUAAAAAUUCUAAUACAUAUUAAAUGGAAAAACUGGCUCAUUAACUAUAGCUGGAAACCCAAAUGUCCAAGUCUAAAUUUUCUUAAAUAAAGAGAAAGCAAAUAUAAGUUUGUAUGCUUUUAAUUUUGCAUUAGGGGUCUUUCAGCUAAUUGUUCUGGAUGACUAAAUGUGCAUAAAAUUGUGUAAACUCAUCUAAACCCACAAAGAAACACAAAUACAGCCACAUAUUUGUGGCUUCUUAUAUAUGAAUGGAUUACUGUAUUUAAAGAGGUAAGAGGCUAG